GCUGACUUUUGAAUUCUUUCAGGUGGGGUGAGUGUUGCGACUGUUGUUCCACGCAACCCAAGUCCUAGUGGUAUACUUCAUUAUGGGAAGCCUUGACCUUCGGUCGCAGGCACCGUUGGAUACCGAUGGUAUUUUUUCACUCCUCAUAUGUAAUAGAAGCCCUUCGCAGAUGGAUCAAUGAUCACAAGGACGUCUCCUUAGCGUGAGAUGUAUAAUCUUGAAUCUCCAUAUAAUACGGCAUACUUUCUGUUCGCUGCUCCUUCGUAUCCCUUCCUCAUUGACCAUGUCUACUCUCUUCGUUAUUUUCGACGUCUGCGCCGCUAUCACUGCGUUGAUUUUGAUUCAACGUCUCUUUAGCGUGACUAAGACUCGAAGGACACUCCUCCCCCCUGGACCCAAAGAAUUGCCGCUCAUUGGGAAUCUUCUUGACAUGCCGACCGAGAAAGAAUGGCUAACUUUCGCCAAGUGGGGCGAGCUUUACGGUAACAUAGCGUCUGUGGCAUUCUUUGGUCAACGUCUAAUCGUAUUGAACUCUGCACAAACCGCUACGGAUCUCCUUGACAAGAAGAGUUCCAUCUAUUCCGACCGUCCAUCGAUACCGAUGGGCGGCGAACUGGUCGGAUGGAAGAACACCCUUGUCCUCGUUCCCUAUGGUAAACGCUUUCGCAAUUAUCGACGGCUCGCGCAUCAACUUUUCGGUAACCAAGCAACCAUGAAACAGUUCCUGCCAGUCGAGGAGAGGGAGACGCAUAGGUUCUUAAAGCGUGUAUUGGCACAUCCUGAGAACCUCUUGCAGCACAUUCGGAAAACCGCCGGGGCAAUUAUAUUACAUAUCUCUCACGGGUACGACAUCGAGGAAGAAAACGACCCUUUUGUCACAUUGGCCGAUCAAGCCACCGACCAAUUUUCUGUCUCCACGGCUCCUGGCGGCUUCUUGGUCAACCAUAUUCCGGCCUUACGUCACGUACCGGCAUGGUUUCCCGGUGCUGGGUUCCAGCAGAAGGCGAAUGAAUGGGCGGAGACGCUCGAAAAUAUGGUCGACCGCCCUUAUAACUUUGUGAAAUCCCAAAUUGCGGCCGGAAAAGCUCCUUUAUCUCUUGUUUCGAGCCUGCUCGAAGGUCGACAAGUAAGUGUGGAGGAAGAAUUUGACAUUAAAUGGCUUGCUGCAUCCUUGUACUCCGGUGGUGCAGAUACUACUGUAUCAUCGAUCCACGCCUUUUUCAAAGCCAUGACACUGUUCCCUGAGAUACAAGCCAAGGCGCAAGCUGAGAUUGACACUGUCGUUGGCAGCGAUAGGCUACCUGGGUUCCAUGAUCGAGAGCAUCUGCCCUAUAUCAAUGCCCUUGUGCUGGAGGUCAUACGAUGGCAUACAGUCACACCUACAGCGGUACCCCAUAGAGCCAUCGAAGAUGAUGUGUAUGAUGGCUAUUUCAUCCCGAAAGGGUCUUUAAUCGUCGCAAAUCUAUGGAAGAUGCUUCAUGAUCCUGCGAUAUAUAAUAGUCCAUUUAAAUUUAAGCCCGAAAGGUUUCUUGGUUCAACGCCAGAGCCCGAUCCGCGGACCGUGGCAUUUGGAUUUGGUCGUCGUAUCUGUCCUGGACGAGUGCUUGCUGAUGCUUCGAUUUUCAUCUCCAUUGCUAUGUCGUUAGCAGUGUAUGAUGUUUCAAAGUAUUUUUCUCCUGAAGGCGUUGUGACUGAACCCGACGUGGAGCAGACCACGGGAACGAUAAGUCACCCUACACCGUUUAAGUGCGUUAUCCAACCGCGAACAAAAAAAACUAUUGCCCUUAUCAGCGCGGAUGAACAUCUUUUGUGAUAGAGGAUGGUGUGUAUUGAUGCUGAUAGCUAUAAAGUU